AUGUUUGUUUGGAGUGUGUUCAAGAGGUACAUUGCAAUGGGCCUGCCAGACUUGACGGAGGUGCGGUGCGAGCGGGACGUGCUGCAGGCGCGCAUGUCGGAGCAGGCGCUGCGCAUCUCGACGCUGUCGGCGCGGCUCACGCGGCAGCGGCACGACGCCGACGCGCUCGCGCGCCAGGCGCACGGCGAGCUCGGCGUCAGGCUGCACGACGCCAACGCGGAGGUGCAAAGGCUGAAGGAGGAGCUGGAAAGCAAGGACAAACAGCUGGCGCGUCUCAGGCUGCAAUUGGAGGGGAGGCCCCGCUCUACGGAGCUCAACGCCUGCUGCGAUGCAUCGUACGAGGAGCGCGCCGGUGACGUCACCGAGGAGGCCAACUCCGAGCUGGAGGCGGCGCUCGCCCGCCUCGAGGAGCUGCAGGAGCAGAACCGCUCGCUGCGGGAGGCGCUGGCGCAGCGCGACCGCCAGCUGCGCGAGCUCACGGCCCUGAAGCUGGAAGACGAGGGGCCGAACGAGCGCGGCGAGCCGGCCGAGGGCAAGGGCUCGGCGCGGACGCUCAGCGACGUGCUCUCCAUCUCGGAGUUCGACGAGCAGGACCAGCAGAUGCGGCGCCGGGAGCAGCUCGCGCCCCUCGCGCCCCUCGCGCCCCUCGCCAGCCCGGCGCCCCUCGCGACGGACAAGAGCCCCGACGCCACUCUGCCCCACGCGGCCUCGCUCCGCCUGGAGCCCGCGCCCCGCCUCGAAGAGUCCCCCCGCGGCGGCUCCCUCCCGCUGCACCUCACCUCCACGCGCAUCUCGCACCCGCCCCUCCCCGACGAGGGCGAACGGACCCCACACAAUAUACUGGACAACUGCUCGCUCUAUCCCAACAGAGACGCGAGUGCCAGCAAAAAUGUCAGCGUCGAGCCGAAGAAGAUCGACUUCUCGCUGGAAACCGUCGACAGGACCCGCGAGGAGGACCUCGCGUCGCUCGAGGAACUGGGCGUCGCUUCGGACCUGAAGCGGGAAAACUUCCACGACAUAUUGGUGCGGUUGAAGCACGAGGUGAAGAGAUACAGGAGCGAGCUCGACACUUGCAAGUCCGAGCUGAAGAACGCCGAGGAGCAGCUGUGCGAGUUCCCCGCCCUGAAGGAGGAGGUGGACGAGCUGAAGGGGCUGCUGGAAAACACGAUGGCCACGAUGGAGAAGGACAAAAAGUUCUACGAGAACCAGCUGGAGAAUUUCUCGUCCAACAAGAAACUUCUGGAGCAGAGACUAGCUGAGAUGACCCAAGAGGUCAAUGACAAAUCUAAAGACCUGCAUUUACUCAAAGAAGAUAUACUCAGGAGGGAGAACAUGAUCUUAGAAUUGGCAAAAGAGAAACGCAACCUGACGAAUAAACUGAAUGAGUUGGAGGUUAAAAUUGACGAGCUGCAAAGCAGAAACGAGGCGCUACAGAAACACGAGACCGAGAACCAUCAAAUGAAAGAAAAGAUUAAAGAACUGGAGAAGCUGGAACAGCUAGUAUCCGAGAAGAACCAACAAAUCGACAGCCUUAAUCAGCACUUGGACAGGCUGGACGACUUGCAGAGAACCCUCAAUGACAAGAACGAAGAGUUGGAGAGCCUAAAGGAAGCGUUGCGAGAAAAGUGUAAUGAACUCUAUCAGGCGCAGAAUGCGGUCUCGAAUUUGAACCGGGACGUGGAGCGGAUAACCGAGGAGAAUAAACAACUCGAAGACCAGAGCAAAGAGCUUAAGUUGAGAAUGAGUAAAGUGGAGAAGGAGCGAGAGAACGAGUCGCUCCGCCUGCAGAACAGCGAGAACGUACUGGAAAGGUUGAGCGCUGCCAACGGCGAGUUGACAGCGAAGCUCGAGGAGAUGGAGAAGCUCAAAGAGAGACUGAAGGAGAAGGAAGAGGAGGUGGAGCGGCUGCGCGCACAAGUCAGCGCCGCCCCGCCGCAGAUCGCCGCGCUGCGACACGAGCUCGACUUCAACCGGAGAGAACUCAACGACAAGGCGUUCGAGCUGGCGAAGGCGAAGCUGGACGUGGGCGAGCUGCGGGCGAGCGCGAGCGAGCGGGAAGCGGACAACGUGCAGCUGAGGGGCGAGGCGCAAAAGCUGGCGGAGGAGAAGCGCCAGCUGGCACAGCAGCUGGAGGCGGUCGUCGCCAGACUGCGUGAGGAAUCGAAUGUUAGCGAAAUAAAGACGAAACUGAGGGAACGAGCCGAGAGCUGCCACGAACUGGAAAUGGAGCUGCACGAGAUGAGGGACAAGAUAGAUAGUCGUAGCCGCCUCGGCGCGCGCUCGCCCACGGCCGAGCUGGAGCGCGCGCUCCGCGCCCAGCUGCACUACUCGCACGCGCUCGACGACCGCAUCAUGGACCAGAUCCUGUCGGCGAGCAGCGAGGAACACGAGCACGUACCGAGCCUGGCGUUGGAGACGUCUUCAAGCGACAAGUGGUCCCGCUCCGGCGGCGAGUGGGGCGACGAGGCGCUGCGGCUGCAGCUGGAACACCUGCGCGCCAGACUCGCCGACAAGGACGCGCUCAUCGCCGAGCUCAACAGGAUCAGAGACCAGCUGGUGCAGGACUGGCAAACGGUGAAGCUGCGCUACGAGGCGGAGCGCGACAACUCUGGCCGGCUGCAGCUGCUGCUCGACGCGCAGAAGGAGACGGCGGAGAGUCUGCAGAGCCAGGACGCGAACAUGAUCCAGAUCCUGAAGAAGCGGCUGGAGAGCGCCAUGCAGUCCGAGUCGGAGCUGCUGGAGCGCGAGCGGGCGCUGCGGAGGCGCCUCGCGCACUUGGAGGCCUCCGCCGCCUCGCCCGCCUCGCCCGCCCCUCCCGCCUCGCCCGUUCGCCCCGACGCCGAGGCGGAACGUAAUCUGCAGCGACGCGACGCGCAGGCGGAGGGCGCGGAGGUGCUGCGCGCGCGCCUCUCUGCGGAGCGCGCGCGCUGCGGCGAGGCGCAGGCGCAGCUGCGGCUGGCGCGCCGCCAGCUGGACGAGCGGCAGCGCGAGGCGGCCACGCUGCGCGCCGGCCUGGCCGAGCUGCGGCGCCGCAACGGCGAGGCGGGCGCGCAGCUGGCGCGCGCCAACCGGCUGCUCGCCGAGCGGCAGGCGGCCGUGGCCGGCCUGGAGGCCAAGCUGGCCCAGCAGCUGCAGCGCGCCAGGCGCGACUCUAUGAGCAGCGUGCAGAGCCCUCAGAGGCCCGCGCUGGGGACGCCCCUCGCCAGCCAGACCCCUCGCGGAACCGCCGACGACAAGGACCAGUUGGUACGUACAUCAUUCGAUAUAUUAUUUAAG